CCUGUGUGUCUCUGCUCUCUGGCGGUCUUCUCCAAAGUUGGGCCAGUGUCGGGUCCUGUGGGCGCUCGGGUAGCAUCUCUGACAUGGAGGAAAUGCUCUCCUUCAGGGACGUGGCCAUUGAUUUCUCUCCAGAAGAGUGGGAAUGCCUGGACCUUGCUCAGUGGAAUCUGUACAGGGACGUGAUGCUGGAGAACUACAGCCACCUUGUGUUCCUGGGUCUUGCUUUCUCUAAGCCGUACUUGGUCACAUUUCUGGAGCAAAGAAAAGAACCUUGGAAUGUGAAGGAACCAGCAACAGUAGCAGUCUACCCAGGAAUAAAACCUUAUAAAUUUAAAGAAUGUGGCAAGACCUUUCCUUGGAACUCACUUCUUAUUCAGCACCAUAAAAUUCAUCCUGGAGCAAAACUUUACAAGUGUGAUGAGUGUGGCAAGUCCUUUAAUGUUCGAUCAACACUGUACAAACACCACAGAACUCACACUGGAGAAAAACCCUACAAAUGUAAAGAAUGUGGGAAAGCUUUUACAUGUUCUUCAAGCCUUAACCAACACCAUAGAAUUCACACUGGGGAGAAACCCUACAAAUGUGAAUGUGGCAAAGCCUUUAACAAUUCUUCAGCUCUUACUCAGCACCAAAGAAUUCAUACAGGAGAGAGACCAUACAAGUGUGAAGAAUGUGGCAAAGCCUUUAACAAUUGCUCAGCCCGUACACGACACCAAAGAAUCCAUACUGGGGAAAGGCCCUACAAGUGUGCAGAGUGCGGCAAGACCUUCAAUUUUCCCACAUCACUUUCUCAGCACCAGAGAAUCCACACUGGAGAAAAACCCUACAAAUGUGAAGAAUGUGGCAAGGCCUUUAACUGUUCGUCACAUCUUAAACAACACCGAAUUAUUCACACUGGAAAGAAACCCUACAAAUGUAAAGAGUGUAGCAAAGCCUUUAACUGUUCUUCCAGUCUUAACCAACACCGUAGAAUCCACACUGGGGAAAAACGUUACAUAUGUGAGGAAUGUGGCAAAGCCUUUAAUAACUGUUCAGCUCUUACUCAACACCAAAGAAUUCACAGUGGAGAGAAGCCCUAUAAAUGUGAAGAGUGUGGCAAGGCCUUUUAUAAUUGCUCAGCCCUUUCUCGGCACCAAAAAAUUCACAGUGGAGAAAAACCUUAUAAGUGUGCAGAUUGUGGCAAGGCUUUUAUUUUUCGCUCAUCACUUUCUCAACACCAGAGAAUUCACACUGGAGAGAAACCCUACAAAUGCAAAGAGUGUGGCAAAGCCUUUAACUGUUCGUCUCACCUUAACCAGCAUGGGAGAAUUCACAGUGGAGAGAAACCAUAUAAGUGUGAGGAGUGUGGCCAGACGUUCAUCUGUUCUUCGUACCUACAUAAGCAUCAGAAGAUUCAUGCUAUUGAGAAACUAUAUGAAUGCAAAGAAUGUGGCAAAGCCUUUAGCUGUUCUUCGUACCUUAAGUAUCAUCAGAGAUUUCAUACUGGGGGGAAAUCCUACACAUGCAGAGAAUGUGACAAAACCUUUAGAUCGUCUUCAUACCUCAGGAAUCACCAGAGAUUUCACACUGGAGAGAAGCCCUACACGUGCAAAGAAUGUGGCAAGGCCUUUGUUAAUUCUUCAAGCCUUCUUGUACACCAAAGAAUUCACACUGGAGAGAAACCAUACAAAUGCAAAGAAUGUGGCAAGGCCUUUAGGUGUUCCUCAUAUUUUAAGUAUCAUCAGAGGCUUCAUACUGGAGAGAAACCCUACACAUGCAAAGAAUGUGGGAAAGCCUUUGCUAAAUCUUCAUGUCUUAUUCUACACCAAAGAAUCCAUACUGGGGAAAAACCCUACAAAUGUGAAGAGUGUGGCCAGGCAUUUAUCUGUUCUUCAUACCUGAGGAAGCAUCAGAGAAUCCAUACCGGUGAGAAACCGUACACGUGUGAAGAGUGUGGCAAAGCUUUUAGCAUUUAUUCAACAUUCAUUCAACACCAGAGAAUUCAUACUGGAGAAAAACCUUAUAAAUGCAAGGAAUGUGACAAAGCAUUUAAUAAUCAUUCAGCCCUAAUUAAACAUCAAAGAAUUCACACUGGAGAGAAACCCUAUGCAUGCAAAGAAUGUAGUAAAGCUUUUAAUAAUAGCUCAAGCCUUAUUCGACAUCAACGGAUUCAUAUUGGAAUUGAAACCCUAGAAAUUCAAGGAAUUUGGCAAGGCCUUUAGUUAUUACUUAGGUAAUGCUUAGCUCAAAAAACUGUACUAGUGAGAAACUGUGGGGAUGAAAAAAGGUGACUAAUUAAUAAGUGUUCUGUACAUAUACAAUGUAAAAAAUCAUGCAUGAAAGAAAGCCUACAAGUUCAAAUAGUGUUGCACCUCUCUUAACUCUUCUUCAUGUCUUAUUGAUAGAGAAUUUGUACUGAGGAAGCCUGCACAUGUCAGUAAUAUGCCAAGGCCUUUACUGACUGCUCGCCCCUCAUCCGUGAACUCAUGCUUCAUAGGAAUCUUCUCCAUUUUCUGACUUCGGAAGGAACUUUGUUCAGUAUGUGUGAGCAGAGUAAUUAUUCUGGAAGACAUUAUGUAUAUUCAAACAUGGAAUCUAGUAAAGCUUAUACCUCAGAUCUUAAUGGGUAUGAGAGUUACCAGAGGUGACAAAUCUCCUAAAAAAAUGAAGUAAAUAUUGCUUAUCAGUUAGGGAACAUUAUUAGAUAUGAUAGAAAUAAAUCAUCAUAGACAUCAGAAUCAUACAAACUCAGUAAUGAUAUCAACUUAUUGAUAAAACCUUAGUUACUAUGUAAAUUUACAUAUUCAUGUUUGAAAACAAGUUAGCACAAUUCUCAGAGUGUGUCAAAAGAACAAGACCAGUUCCUAAUUGAUUUUAGUAUAGUUCUUUUUCCUCAGAGGCAAUAGAGUAGAUAUAAAAUAGAGGCUGUGUGUGAAACUUAUGUUUUUAAAUAAACAAAUUUGAAUGGUU